GAGACGGAAACAACCCGGAUCGGAAGUUUAACUCCUGGGUUGAUUAGUUUAAACCAGAAACGUCGAGGGCUCCCGAAAUAUGAUGUGAUGUUUAUUCAAACAUGUGUGUACAGUUGCCCCUGAAGGAUAACCCACCGUGGAUGUGAGUUUUGGGAGGGCUUCCUUGUUUAUCGACCACACAGACCAGACGGAAAGGUACCCGGUAGUCCCAGGUUCGAGAGCCGGCUGGUGACCCUCUACCGGCGGCAGGAUGACGUGCCGUGACCGAACCCUCGAGUUCCAGUCCGCCUGUAAAUCUCUCCAGAGCAGACCGAAUGGAGUCCAGCCCAGUAAACCAACUCUCAGCGCUCUCAGGCAGCGCAGCGACUUCACAGUUAUGGCCAAGAGAAUUGGAAAAGACUUGAGCAAUACAUUUGCCAAACUGGAAAAGCUCACUAUUUUGGCAAAAAGAAAAUCUCUAUUUGACGACAAGGCAGUGGAGAUUGAGGAGCUAACGUACAUCAUUAAACAAGACAUCAACAGUCUAAACAAACAGAUUGCACAGCUGCAGGACUUGGUGAGGUCCCGCGGAGCUCCAGGUGGCCGACACAUCCAAACCCACUCUAACACUAUCGUGGUGUCCUUACAGUCCAAACUGGCUACAAUGUCCAAUGACUUCAAGUCAGUCCUAGAAGUCAGAACAGAGAAUCUGAAGCAGCAACGCAGCAGGAGAGAGCAGUUCUCCCAGCCCCCAGUCUCGUCUUCUCCUCUGAUGGCCAACAACUUCAGGAGCCGCAAAAAAGGGGCCCAGGAGCCGCAUGCAGCUCGUUCGCCACGCAAUGGUUACCAGGGCAAUACAACCUCAAAUUUAAAAGAGAGCUCGGUCCUGAUGCAGGAUGAGUCCAGGAGUAUGGGCGAUGUGGCCAUCAAUAUGGACUCUCAGACCAAUCCCCUGCAGCUCCAGCUUAUUGAUGAGCAGGACUCGUACAUCCAGAGCCGUGCAGACACCAUGCAGAACAUUGAGGGCACCAUCGUGGAGCUGGGCUCUAUAUUCCAGCAGCUCGCACACAUGGUCAAGGAGCAAGAGGAAACCAUUCAGAGGAUCGACGCUAACGUGGAGGACACGCAGCUUAACGUGGAGUCCGCCCACACAGAGAUCCUCAAAUACUUCCAGUCAGUCUCCUCCAACCGCUGGCUGAUGAUCAAGAUCUUUCUCGUCCUCGUCGUCUUCUUCAUCAUCUUUGUUGUCUUCUUUGCUUGAAGAAAGGAGAAGCAGCUUAGAGGAGGGGAAAGCACAUUGAACGAGGUGAAGUGAAACUGAAGCCGGACUAAGACGACAUGUCCAGGCGACGUAUUUAAUGGACAGACUUCACUCUCAAAGUGACACUUUGAUGGAGGCCUGGGACCCGCUCAGAUUAAUUAAACAGACUUUCCGGUUAUUCCCAAGCCACGGACUCGACAAUUCAGUGACGAAUGAAGAUGUUGAAUUCUGUCCAAAUGAAAGAAUAAAUUAUCUAAAAUCCCCACUUUGUAUAGAGAGAGAGCAAAAGGUUGCUCAGUAUUGUACUUUGACCAAUUUAUUCAUAAACAUUUAAUCAAAAUGUCUAUAAUUUAAUGGUUUGAUUCUGCAAACUGUCUUUUUAACUUUGAUUUUCUUGUUUACCCCACAUAUUCUAAUAUUCUAACUAUGAUUAUUAUCAUAAUUCUAAUUAUAUAAUAAUCAUACGAUUUCAAAGACGAACAACAGAACUUUUAUCGUCAGAUAAUUUUGCUUCUUAGUUUACUUAUUAUUGAAGAGCACGACUGUGUCCCUUCUUUAUCAACAAUUCAUCACUUCAUGAUUUUCUUUCUUUCUUUUUUCUCAUUCUGUUAUGUUUUCAAACUGUAUUUGCCAAAUGGGUACUCGUAUAGAACUGUGACACAAAGAAAGAGGCGUAUUGUGGUCCGGCAUGUCGUGUCCGGAAGGCACAAGAAGUUACAGACGGCUGAAGGGACGUUUGCAGUAGUAUUCAGAUACAAGCUGAACGAAAUCACAAGAUGUCACAAAACUGUUUUAUACGAAACUGUUUGGUUGUUCGGCUUUGGGCAGGUUGAAAAAGUGAAAACCUUGCACGUUAAAUGCUGCAGAAAUGGGUCAAGUAUCGGAAGGGUUUGACAUCAGUGCUUAUGAAGGGGUUAGGCUCGCUGGUUGUGAAGGCUGUCUAAUGAAGUGACUCAAUCAGCCGGAUUCCCUGGAAGUGUCUGGUUGGAUGCCAUGUUGUAGUUGCUUCCCCUCUUAAUCUUUCUAAACUUAUCGGAUGUUACUAUUAAAGGACCACAUCUUUUUUAAAAGAAAGAGAAAACAUUCUUCCUAUUUUUUUCCCUGUCUAUUCUUUUUUUUUUAGCCAAAUGCCUUGACUUCAGUGUAUAAAGUGCAAAUAAUGAUGUAUUGAUAAGAAAGUGCAUAUUAAUAAAAUGAUAAUGGGGUGUUGGCA